GCGCUGCGGCGGGCACAGCCGGAGGGCGCUCCCCGUUGGCGCACAGCGGCGGCGUUGGAGGCUUUUUCCCGGGCAGCACUCAGGACCCGAGCAGGACCAGACACUUCCCUUGGGGUCGGCGUGCCCAGCAGCAUGGGGAAGCAGAACAGCAAGCUGCGCCCCGAGAUGCUCCAGGACCUGCGGGAAAACACCGAGUUCUCCGACCUGGAGCUGCAGGGCUGGUAUAAGGGCUUCCUGAAGGACUGUCCCUCGGGCAUCCUCAACGUGGAGGAGUUCAAGAAGAUCUACGCCAACUUCUUCCCCUACGGCGACGCCUCCAAGUUCGCUGAGCACGUCUUCCGCACCUUCGACACCAACGGUGACGGCACCAUCGACUUCCGAGAGUUCAUCAUCGCGCUGAGCGUCACCUCCCGCGGGAAGCUGGAGCAGAAGCUCAUGUGGGCCUUCAGCAUGUACGACCUGGAUGGCAACGGCUACAUCAGCCGGGAGGAGAUGCUGGAGAUCGUGCAGGCCAUCUACAAAAUGGUCUCCUCUGUCAUGAAUAUGCCUGAAGAUGAAUCGACUCCGGAGAAAAGAACGGAAAAAAUCUUCCGACAGAUGGAUACUAAUAAUGAUGGCAAACUGUCCCUGGAGGAGUUCAUCAAAGGUGCCAAGAGCGACCCAUCCAUCGUGCGCCUGCUGCAGUGUGACCCCAGCGGUGCCGGGCAGCUCUGAGCCCCCCACGGUCACCACAGCCCCCACCGCCCCCUCCUGCCACCACCACUCGUCCCUGCCGUCCCCACCUCCAUGUCCCCAUGGGGAGAGCACCAGGGGUGCGGAGCAGCAUGGCAGAGCCACUGCUGUUCCUCUGAUGGGCACAGGGACAUGGCCAAGGGGAUGAACCACGGUUGCUCGCGGCCCCCCCAGCACCCUCCAGCAUGCAGACACUGCCACACCAGCCCCCUCCCCACAGCCAGAGUGUACGUGGGGCCAUGGGGAGGGGCUGUGCUUUUGGUCUUUUAAUAUCUGCAAAAUAAAGUGUGUGUCAGUGCAGUCA